AUGGCUUCCCCUCUCUGCGUCACCCCCAUCGUCUUUGACUGCCCUCCUGCUGAACAUGACCCUCCUGGCCGCGUCCUCAAAAUGUCCGCGAAAUGGUACUGGACUGACGAGUCCUUGGCAAACGAUGAUGGCCUCAGUCUCUUGUUCGCCCAUUGCAUCGGAUCGCACAAAGAACAAUGGGAACCAAUAAUCGAAUCAUGUUUUGUGAACCAGCGCAGCAAGCCCCGACACCAACGCAUCCGCGAAGCCUGGGCAUUCGACUGGCAGUCCCAUGGGGACUCUGCGGUACUCAAUUGCGACCUGAUAAUGAAUACGCGGCAGAUGGGUGUCUCUGCGUUCGAAUAUGCUGCCGCUAUCAAGGCCUUUGUCCGCUCUGCUCGUAUGCAAGGAAAGCGAAUGGUUGCUAUUGGACACUCAGCCGGUGCCGCUGCGAUGCUGCUCGCCGCAUCCGACCUCCCCAGAGCAGGCACUGCCUACCCCUACCAGUCUAUCGUCCUCGUCGAGCCAUCCCUCGCCUCGCCAAAGAUGUUUUUCAAGCAUAUCUCCCCCCUCCACCCACCGCUUGUCGCAGCAACACAGAUGCGACGCGCGAAAUGGGCUUCGAGGGAGGAGGCUGCCUCAUGGUUUGCCCAACGGCGACCAUGGAAGGCUUGGGACAAACGAGUCGUCAGGACGUUUGUGGAACACGGCCUCGUUGAGUCUCGCGGCUCAGUCCACCUUAAAUGCGACCCGCGACAAGAGGCGCUUGCCUUCCCUGAUAUCGAGCCUCAUUUCGCCGCCGUUGAUGAGAUGGGCCGAGUAAGCCGGGCAGUGCCCAUCCAUCUUGUGUGGGCUCGGAGAAGUGAAAUACUCUCGAAAUCCGUGCAAGACGCAUUAGUGGAUGAGUCACUGGGCCGUGUUGCUGCCUCCGUUACGCGUGUCGAUGGAGGACACCUCGUCGUACAAGACAACCCCGACCUUGUCGCCCGCGUCAUCUGUACUGCGGUUGACACUAUAGGUGCCAAUGCUGGACUCGACUUCGUGCCGGCACGCAGCAGGUUAUGA